AAUCCGCGCUUUCUGCGCUUGCGCAUGGAAGAGGAGGCGGGGUCAAGUGUCCACAGGAAAGAGAGUGGGGUGAUAAGUUCUCUCGCGCGAGCCGACUGACUGACGUCGGCAACGGCUUUGCUCAGGGUUUUCCAAGAUGGCUCCGUGCUGGCGCGAUUGAAGCUCCAUUGCGUGUGAGAUCGGUCCUGAAGUCAUUAUACAUAAAGCAGGUUGUUGAAAACAGGAAGGGUUCUACAUCAAUAAAUGAAGGAAAACAAGGAAAACUCUAGUCCUUCUGUAUCUUCGGCAAACCUGGAUCACGCAAAACCAUGCUGGUACUGGGAUAAGAAAGAUUUGGCUCAUACACCGUCACAAUUGGAAGGACUUGAUCCAGCUACUGAAGCAAGAUACAGAAGAGAAGGUGCUCGUUUCAUAUUUGAUGUGGGAACCCGUUUAGGACUACAUUAUGAUACUUUGGCGACUGGAAUAAUAUACUUCCAUCGGUUUUAUAUGUUCCACUCCUUCAAACAGUUCCCGAGAUAUGUGACAGGAGCUUGCUGCCUCUUCCUAGCAGGCAAAGUUGAAGAAACACCUAAAAAAUGCAAAGAUAUCAUUAAAACAGCUCGUAGCUUACUAAAUGAUGUGCAGUUUGGACAAUUUGGAGAUGAUCCAAAGCAAAGAAAUAACCCACUGCACAGGGGAAGCAGUGAAACUGGCCACACAGAGUGCAGCCAUAUGCAUACAGAAGAAGUUAUGGUGUUAGAAAGGAUCCUACUGCAGACGAUAAAAUUUGAUUUACAAGUGGAGCACCCUUAUCAGUUUCUACUUAAAUAUGCUAAGCAACUCAAAGGUGAUAAGAACAAAAUUCAGAAACUGGUUCAGAUGGCAUGGACAUUUGUCAAUGACAGUCUGUGCACUACAUUGUCAUUGCAAUGGGAACCUGAAAUUAUAGCUGUUGCAGUUAUGUAUCUGGCUGGUCGCUUGUGUAAGUUUGAGAUUCAGGAGUGGACAUCAAAGCCAAUGUACAGAAGAUGGUGGGAACAGUUUGUGCAGGAUGUUCCUGUUGAUGUCCUGGAAGAUAUCUGUCAUCAGAUCCUGGACCUGUACUCACAGGGGAAGCAACAGAUGCCUCACCAUACCCCGCAUCAGCUCCCACAGCCUCCUUCCCUUCACUCGACUCCCCCAGGGCCUACCUCCCAGCAGCCCCAGUCAUCUCAAAGCUCAGAGCAGUCCCAGCCCCAACAGCCAAAGGAGCCUCAGCAGGCAGCACAGCAGCCACCGCCACCGCCACAACCACCACAACAGCAGCCACCGCCACCACAAACUCAACCGCCCAAAAAGCCGUCUCCGCAAUCAAGUCCUCCCAGGCAGGCAAAACGACCAGUGGUUGUAUCACCAAAAGAAGAAAGCAAAUCUGCAGCAAUGCCUACAAAUCUUCUGUUUUCAGAGGCACCUCCUGCUAAGGUUGCUAAAAUGGAACCUGCUCAUCCACCAAUACCACCUGUGCAUCAACCACCCGAACACAAGCCUCCUCUGACAACUGCUGUUUCUAUGGGGGGUGACCAGUCCUCUAUCGUAGAUUCCGUAGACAUUGCAAAAGUCCAGAUUGCGCCGCCAUCUCACCCAGCUCCUGUCCAUCAGCCGCCGCCUAUGCCUCACCGCCCACCUCCUCCACCCCCGCCAUCCAGUUACAUAACUGGCAUGUCCACGACCAAUUCUUAUAUGUCGGGAGAGGGAUAUCAGAGUCUUCAAUCGAUGAUGAAGACAGAAGCACCAACAUACGGAGCUCUGCCGCCCAGCUAUGGACCUCCAAGCCACAUGCCAUAUCACCCUCAUGUGUAUCCUCCCAACCCUCCGCCGCCUGUCCCUCCUCCUCCACCCACUUCCUUCCCACCACCAACGAUUCCUCCUCCCGCCCCAGGGUAUCCUCCGCCACCUACCUACAAUCCCAACUUCCCACCCCCUCGGCUGCCUCCCUCCCAUGCCGUCCCACCGCAUCCUCCUCCGGGAAUGGGAAUGCCGCCUGCCAAUUACCCGCCUCCCUCAGUGCCCCCAGGUGGACAGCCACCAGUACCGCCUCCAAUACCGCCUCCUGGCAUGCCCCCUGUUGGAGGACUUGGCCGAGCUACAUGGAUGAGAUAACAUUUGUACAUAAGAUAACCUUUAGCUUUGGGGAAUAGUUUAAUGGUUAGGAUUGUUGAGAGAGAAAACCAUGAAGAGAAUUUUGUGUAAUGUAGACAUGGAUGUAUGGAAACGGAGAAGACAAUGGCCUAGAAUCUUCACAGUUUAGUCAGCAGAAGAGAAUUUUUAGUUUCAAUAUUGCAAAGCUAAUUGAAAUACAAGUUCUAAGUUGAUUGUAGCACUGGAUUAUUUUGCACUAAUAAAAUGUUUUUUAAGGGCCAUAUUGGCUUAGUUCUAUGGGUAAAAUUAAAAUCUGCUGCUGGAAAUCAGUGCCUCCUUUUUGAGUAUCAGGAUUAAUGAUAUUUCAUCUGAAGGAGGAAAACAACUUUCUGGUUGUCAUUAUAGAACAUUCCAGCAACAUACUUCGUUCUAAAUAACAACAGCUAAUUUUUAAAAUAUAUUCAAACACAUCGUUUGCAGUCUAUAACUGAUGAACAUCCUUUUUGUGCUUUUUGUUUUGGAGUUUAUUGGGAUAUUGACCUUUAAUGAACGUCUAAACCUCUGUGCAAAUUUGUGUACAUAAAUAGCUAUUUUCUAAGCGUGAAAGUCUGAAUGUAAUGGCCUUUGGUUAUUUACCAUUUGUUCAUCUUUUUUAAAGGCUGACUUUGUUGACAUGUACUCAAAUAAAUCUGGUUUUGAAGUCUGCAAA